GAUGGCUGGUGCGACUGAAUUCCCCCUCUACACCUCUGACCAACACAUUGCCAGUGUUACAUGUAUUGAAAAUUAUCUGCUUCAACAUCAUCAGCUGUUGAUGUUUACAAUAUAUGUAAACAAAUAUAUGUAUAUUUGAUACCAUUAAUCUACAAACAUCAAUCAAGCAGACAGUAUAUUAUAUUCAUUACCAUGUCACAGUGAAAACAGCUGGUAUUCAGUAAUAUCAUGCAGGCUCUGUAAUCAGACCAUUUUUUCCGGACUAUUUCACUGGGGCCCGGGCCUCGCAACAUGACUAUUUGAAGGGACAGUGUCCACGGAUGGUGCGAUGGCGGGACGUAACGAGGCCCGGCAGAAUAUCUUUUCCGGGGCCCGCCAAAGCUGAGUACGGUCCUGACAAUAUGGUAACUCCACCUCGAAUAUCAUUGGGCUAUUUUGGUGUGGGCUGCUCUAGCUAAUUUGUUUUAGUAAAGGCAAAUUUCAUGUGAGCACUUACUGCUAUAAAAUAAUACGAGGGCUGUCCUGAAAGUAAGAGACAUUCUUAAAUGGUGCGGCAGUGGGCGAGACUACAGCUGCCAUUUUGGUGUCAAGACACUCUGACAUUUGUGCGCAUAGAGCUGUAGUAGCGCACGGUCUGUAUCUCUUUUACUUUUCUCACUGUGAUGAAUUAAAAUUCAAAAUCCUAUUUGCAAUUGAAAAUCCCGCCACCUGUGAAGUGCGUUCAGUGAUAUGGUUUUUGUUGGGAAAAAACAUAAACCAAUUGAAAUCUAUCGCCAACAGUGUGAAAUUUACGGAAAUGGAAUAAUGAGUGAAAACAGAGUAAGGGAGUGGUGUAUUGACUUUAAAAAUGGCCGCACCAAUGUUCAUGACAAUAGUCAUAGCGGUCUGCCUAGCCUAUUGACUGAAGAUGUGAUGUUGAAAAUCAAUAACAAAAGUUCGUGAAAACCAUGACUGGACUCUCGGAACGUUUCUCACAAAUUUUGUGCCAAAUGGUUUUCAAAAAUCCUUACGGAAGAUUACAAAAAACAAAGACUUGCUGCAUAGCUAACUUUCCUUAAUGAAUACGACAAAUGUGGUAAUGGACUUCUAUCUUGCAGCUUUUGUCUAUGUAUUGUGUCUCUCUAUUAAAACUUAAUAAAUUAUCCAACUGCCAUGAUUUUAGCAUUAAUGUUCCUUAGCAAGAAGCUGACAUGGCAGGUAUGAUAAAGACUCAACUUUGGGUUAAAAUCUAGUUGGAAACAUAAUUUUUACACAUUAAGAAUUGUUUCAGCCUAGUCUAUGAAUGAUGAUUUUGUGAACAGUCCCUGUUUACAACUUUAUAUUAUCCACCACAACUGAAAGAACAAAAAAUAAACAUUAAAUAGCCCAUAGUUUUAGUUACAUAAUUAUUAUAAAAAGUACUUCUCUUGACAGCAUUACUGAGAUGUGUUCAGUUUAUGUGGUUGUAACAUGGUUUAUAUGUGUCGCCAUAAUACAUUUAAAUGUGUCUGCUCUUGAUUCCCCUUAUGCUUCUCCUGAGGCUUUGAUAAGACCAGCAAUUAUAAUCUUCAACCCAGAUAACAUUAUAUGGCCUUUCAACAUUGCUGAUGUGACAACUCCUCUUAUUAGAAAAAAUGAGAAUGUAAUCCUUGAUCAAUCAUACAAGCAACUGAAACCAUUCCGUCAAGUGAGCAGACUAUUGGCAGAACUGCACAAGCUAGGACAUCAGCUGGCUGUCAUCUCUCAGUGCCAUGACAACCAGACUGUUUGUGAUCUGCUGUCAUUUUUCCAUCUGAACCAGUUCAUCUCUUACAGGGAGAUCUAUCCAGGGAACAUAACUGAGCACGUUGAAGCAAUUUAUUUAAAAUCAGAAAUAGACUAUGGAGACAUGCUCUACCUGACAGAUGACUAUGAGAAGAUUGCAGAUAUGGCAAAUCUGGGCAUGGUCUGCAUCCUGGUGGGCCACCAAGGGGUCACCAUGAGUGAUAUCAAGAGAGGCUUUCACGUCUUCAGUACAGAGUCGCCAGAGUACUCUUACUCAGAGGAUACUCAUGAGAGCAGUUAUCUCCAUAAAGAAUAAAAUCUUAUAUCCAAAAACAACUUGAUAAAACACUUUAUUGUAUUCUAUCUCUUUUAAGAUCUACUCUUAAAUUUAUCUUUUCUUUAGUUACUAAUUUUAUUUGAUGAUAAUUUAGAACUUCAUAUUUUUGUUAAUUGUCCUAAAUGCUUCCUUUUCAGUUUCAUAGAUUAUAUAGUUAAAAAGUGUAAAAAAUAACAAGUAAUACAGAUAGCAUAUUCCAACUUCCUAUUCUAUUGUUGGAAUAACUAAUUUGGUACUUCCUGGAAGAAACAACAAUUAGUUCCUAACUCUCAGCCCAGCAGCAGAUGAUGAUGUAGAUCAGUAAUUAGGUUCAAAUUCAAUACAAAGUAGUUCAGAAGUGGUUAAAAUUGGUGUAUUAAGGCCUUGCGUUUUCAAAGAUGUUAUGAGAUCACUCCCUGAUACCCUCCUCCCACUACUGGAAGGUAUGUUAUAAUAACAGGAUCUCUCAGGUUGUGUAAGUUUUAGACAUUUUAAUCUUUAUCCUACACCACAUUAUUUGAACCAGUUACAUCCAUGACGUUUGCUGUACAAAUAAUACAUAAUUAAACUCAUAAUUAAAUUCUGUAUGAUUAAAAUCACUCCAGGAAUGGAAUAAAUAUAUUAAUGCAGUGUUUAAAUUAUGAUUGUGUUUGAAUAAGACUGUUAAUACAG